AUGUCCGAAAAAAAUUCAUCCAAAGAACGCAUGGACAUAGCUGAUGACCAUGAACGCAUCAAAGAAAUUGCUGAACAAGAUACAAAUCGUGCUCGAAUAAUAGCAUUAGCUGUAAGAGAGGCUUGUUCUAUAGCAAAUGUAGGACCUGAUCGACAAGAUUGGGAGUCUGCAUGUCGAAUAAUAUUAGAAAAUAAUCUUCUCACGGCCAAAGAAAAAACUACUAUUGUCGCUUUAUUAAUGUGUAAACCUUUGUCCACAGCUAUUGUUGUACAUGGGACAACUGGAAAAAAUCGGGCUGUUGGGGACAUUGAAAAAAACGCCAAUAUCCCUAUCGCUAUGAUAACCUGCUUUA